CACGCCGCACCAGGAAGCCGUGGGCGGGCGUGAGGUGAUUUAUGAAGCCGAGCCCCCACCCGCCGCUCGGCCUUCCUCCCGCGCCCCGGCGGGGAGUGAGCGUCUCGGCAGCCCUGCGGCAGGAACCAGGCACCCAUGGCUCGGCGCUGAGCCGCCUGCCUCCUCCCUGCCUCCUCCCUGCCUCCUCCCUGCCUCAGGGCCGCUUACCCACAGAAGCCACAGGAGCUACAGAAAGAUGACGUGCCUGCCCGUCGUCCCGCCGGCGCUGGCGUUGAGGAGGUGGCUGGGGUUUGGGCUCUACGUGAUGCUCUGCCUUAGUUUAGGCUAUGCGCUGGAGAAGGAAGUCAAAAGCAAAGUGGGGGAAAAAGUUGGCCUGCCUUGCUGUCAUGAAAUUCCCAGUUCGGAAAGCCUACAUAAUUACCGGGUCUACUGGCAGAAGAACACCACGGAGGUAGUGCUUGCCUAUGCAGAGGGGAAGAUGAUCUCCAAGCACGAGCGGUAUGAAAACCGGACACAGAUGGACUCCAGGAACCUCACUCUGUGGAUCUCAGCCGUGGAAAUCCUGGACAAUGGCUCUUACCAGUGUGUAGUUCAGCACCUCAAAUCUUCACAGAACCCAGUUGUUGUGUGUGAUGAGCGUGUCACCUUCACUGUUAUAGCUGACUUCAGUAAGCCGAACAUAACAGCAGAAGUAUCCACUAAUACUUGUGAAUCAACUGAGAUGGUGGUAACAUGUUCUUCUCAUGGAGGUUUCCCCAAACCCAAAAUGUCUGGAGCCCUCAACAACAAGUCCGUGGUGUGGAAUGCCAGCUGUGUGUCCGAGUCCAGCCUCAGCCCGUACAACAUCACUGGCAAACUGUUGCUCAACAUGACCAAAGACGUCAGCAUCACUUGCUCCAUUGAAUACAAUGACUUUGCCAAGUCCACCACUUUGCUUCUGAGAAAAACAAAUUACUGUGUUGUCCCUACUGUGCCUCCAUCUUAUAAUGUCAUUACUGCUUCAAGUAUCAUCAUCAUCAUCUUCUUUUUGGCUAUCACCCUACUAGCAAGAUACCUCCCAAGGCAUGUCUGUUCUCACUGUUGUAAGCCUCAGGAUUCAGUGGAAGAGGGCGUGAAAGAAUGUACGAAGCUACCCCUGAGCUCUAAAGGGACAUCUAAAACAUCAUCUCUAUGACCAGAUCGUAUUUGCAGGUUUCUUACCCUGUGUAUUCUGCACUGCAGUCCCCACUCUUCGUUGUACAGCAAUGCUUAUUGCGGUGACCCUUUGGCGCUCUGAAAGGGGGUGACAGCAGUAGAAAACUCCGCUCAAGAAGACUGACAACAUAAUCUUGUGUGAAUGAAUACAAACCCCCACCUAUGCCACAGAAGCUGUGGGGUGGUCUCGUUACAAUGGGGUCGCUGGGCUUCCGAUUGGGGCGACCCUCCACGUUCCUGCAACGGGGCAGAAGAAAGUCGUCAGCAUGCUGCUGCUCCAGCACACAGUUCCAGAGUUUGGGAUCCUCUGGCUUUGAUGCCGCCACUAUGAAAAUGAGGGGGCCUGCAAAGGCCUAGCAGGUAGCCUAUGCCCACCUACCCCUUUGGUAAUGCAGAGCUGGCCUUUGGGAGACCCCAGACCCUGACACAGAAUCUGAACUCAGGCUGUGCCUCCAUGUUGCGACUGGAAGCAGCUAAAACUUCUUUUAUCGUCAGCCUCGCACAGGUAUCUGCCAGUACUAUUCUUUGUGCUGGAGGACUUUGGAUUUGGACUUGACCGUGACAGAAACGUGUCCCUUCUCCCCUAAAGAGGAAACAAUGCACAUACUUUUCAUGAAAAAGCACCUCGAGGUGGGACUAUAUGCCUCGUGCUUAUUUUCAGUGCGAUGAGACUUUUUAGGAAAUGAUACAUACUGAUGGCACACCUAACAGGUAACUAAUAUUGCUUAUCUACAGCAGUGGCAGAAGUUCUCGUAACCUUUCUCUCCUGAAAGGAUGGCCUCACCAACCUAGGUACCACAGUACAGCUCCUCCAUUAAUUAUUAAAUUACUCAGCGAUCCAGGGCACAUCUGACACAGCACAGCCCACUGGUGGUGGUGCGUGUGAGCACACACAUGCGCACAUCUCUGUGCGUACACACGUACCGGCUUUUACACGCAUUCCUUCCUACCCGCGCUUGUCAUAAAGCCCUGUUUAAAUUUCUGUAACACUCAGUGGUUAUCUCACAUGUAUCUACUGUGAUGAAAUAUAACUCAGGGCCUUGCUUCAUAAAUAUAGGUCUGCUUGUUUGUACAUUUGCCUAGGAAUACUUGUUAGGGUAGGCUCUGCAAAUUCUUGGGAGUCUCUCACAGCAACAUAGGGAUUUACUUUGCGUUGAAGACUGCUGCUUUCUGCCAGCAUUCUCUCUACCCAGCCAGGACUUGAAGGAAGUUCCCCACAGCAUGCUAACAUUGGAUAGGACUCAUGAUCUGAGUGAUAUUCUUGCCUACUGUGUAGGAAAAAGUGGUUUCUCAUUUUAAGGGGAAAAGAGGAAAAAGUCCCGAGCCCCAACAAGCUUCCUAAGCAAGUCUGCAUAGUAACCUAACUCAACCCUGCCCUGAGUUUGACAGGUUUUUUUGCUUUUGCUGUGUCCCACUGCAGUCCGUACCCAUUUCCCUACUGCUUUGUCCACGUGUGUAGUUAGCAGGGCAGGCCAAAGUCUGAAAGCACCAUGCCGUCCUCUUUGUGGGAUGUUUCGUUGCUUGAGUUAUCUUGCUGGGACACAGCAAAGAAAAAUUCCAUCCAUUUCACUUUUUUCUAGCAGGCACAUAUUGGGAGAGAAACUGCUGGAGGAAAUAGUAGCACUAAAAGUGGUUUAUAGAGGAGUGACCUAUGAGAUGCUAAGGGAUCAAGUCACUAAUGAAAAAUUAGACACUGCUCCCCUCCUGCUCCUGCACAGUCAUGCUACCCCAUCAGCUUUUUUUACUGCUUUCCCAUUGCAUAAAGUGAAAUGGGAACUUCAGCACAUUCUUAUGGAGGGUUUUUUUUGACAGAGAAAAGGAGGUAAGGUGGGUGAUAAAGAAACAAUACUCUUUGCACUUGUGCAUAUUAGUUGCAAGCAGAACACAGCUGGCGCAGAAAGCAGUUUUAUCAAAAAGCAGCCUGACCUUAUUGCAGGACUUGGUGUAUGGGCAAUGGUGUCUCAUAUUUACGACGUUUCCUUUUCCUUCAGUCUGUGUUUGUUCUUUCCAGCACAAUCUACUGACUUCUUGCAGACUCGACACCCUCUUUUUUGUAUUUAUUUUGCUCAUUUUCAACAUUGUGUUUCCUUCCCUGCUAUAACCAUGAUGCAUUACCACCUUACCAACCACACCACAGCUCUGACAGUUGUACCGGCACGUUUUCCCCCUGACUAUCCCAUGCUCUACGUCUGCUCCUGACUGAUGACUGCACAGCAUUCUGGAAAAGGGGUUGUCUUUUUCAAUAUGCCAAAUCUUUCCACACCACCACUGACUCCUGUGACACUUUAAGUAACUCCUUCUAAAGGAAACAAAUAUUUUCACUGACAAAUAUAUCUAGCAUCAGUUUGGUUUUAUAUUCUUGAUGGGCGGGUUAUUUGGUUUAUUUUUUUUUCCUUAAGCACUUAUACCAUGAAUCGUGUUUUCUAUUGCCUUAUGCUGUAUUCAGUGAAUUGCACACAAAUGGUUUCUGUGAGACCUUUUCAGCUUAAUACCUGGGUCGUUGUACCAAGUGAACUGCUCUGUUUAUCACAGGUAUUUUGUAUAUAACAUUUUUUCCCAGGGUUCCUCCUUUAAUGGUAUUAAAAAAUAAAUAAUAAAAUCCAUUUCCUUUCUUCAGUAAUAAAAGAUGCCUGUUGUAUGUGCUGGCAAGCAGUAGAGACUUUCAAUUAUUCAUGUGAGCCCCAGCCACCAUUUCGCGGCUGCUAAAAACACAGGCUGUGUAGCAUCACGGUAGGUGAUGCAGCUGGUUGACAAAGCCAGCAUCAAGACACAGCUCUGGUUGGCGUGCUCAAUGGCAAUGACAACAUAGCACUUGAGUACCCAGUUUGUAACUUCCACAUAGCUCAUGUCUGUCAAUUUGCCAGGGAUUAACUGAGCAGUACAGCUACGGUGUUCAACACUGAGUUUGCAACAGGUCUUCCUUCUCCCUCCCAAAAAGGGAGGUUCUCUGCAAAAGCAAAAAUCCAGUGUAAGACAUCCUCACUGUAUCCCUGCUACUUGCAUUACCUACUCUGAAAGCAGAGGACCGAUAUCUUCAGUGCUGUGCUUUUCCUGGGAGGGGGGGCAGAGUGGGGGUGAGAAGAAUCCCUUACAGUUGCAUUUAAAAAAUAAGCUCUGAACUGACUCUUCGCUCCCUGUUAGGAGAGUGACUUUGAAUACAAGAAAUGAGGAAGUGCAGGAAACUAAAUUCAGCAGGAAACGGAGCAAGAAAUGGCUGCUAAUCUUCAGCAGAGAUGGAAAUCUCUGCUUCCCCUUGCUAAUGUGCAGUAUAGGGACAUCUAGCAGCCCUUCCUUCCUUCCCUGAAGAGAAAAUCCACACAACUGCUACACCUUGGUUCUGCCUACUCUCCCAUGGAAGAACAUCCCUGCAUCAAUGGUCAGAGACACAAGAAAAUGCGUAUCCUUUAGACAUCACAUCAACCAACCACUAAAAUAGGAGUAGAGAAAGAGUGAGCAACACCACAGCUAAAUAGCAUCAGAACUGUUGUGUGGGCUAUUGGGUGGGGAUGCAACAGCAAAAGAAAAAGAGGGAAGAAAAAGAUAAAGCAUUGCUGUAUAACCACAAUGGCAAAAAUGUGACUGAGAAAGGCCUGCAAUUUUGUUUCCUGGGGGGGGCAAAGGACACCACCACUACUGUCACCAAUAUAUGCAGAGCUUGAAACAGGAAGGGGGAGAGACAUAGCUAUAGCUCUGCUUAUUCAGAUCCUUCACUUACACAUAGAAAAGGAAAAUCAAAGCUGGCUGAUGACAACCCUGAAACACACGUAUUUCUUCAAUGGAAAAAUGAACUACGCUGAGGUGUUUUAAAAAUAAAAUGCUUGUUUCAGAAGUCAGAAGACACAACACCUUCUUGGAAGCAAGCUGAGCCAAAAAAAAAUCUGCUUUGGGUGGGUGGAAUACGCUCUGUGGAAUCGACUGUUCAUAUUUCAAUCACCAGUAAUCAGCUGUAACAGAGGAACGCAUUCACCCAGAACAGACUGACUACUCUUUUCUUGUGGGAAGGAGAGCCAACCCCCCCCCACCCCGCCUGGAUGCAAUUCUUUUUGACAGGAGGAAAAAAAACUCCAACAAAAAAAGGGGACCAGAAUCCCGACCUUCUGCUUUGAGGGAAAUGGCGAUGGGGCACCUGGCCCUUCUGGGUACCGCCUGUUUAUUACAUUACUUCAGCCCUACCCACAGGUAACAGCUGUGACCUAACAGUUGAUCUCUGGUACAAAAUAAUAAACAGAGCUGGCACUCUCCUGCCUCUUGUCUUUGUUACUGCCUGGAUAGUGGAA